AUGGUUGUCAGUUGUGGUCUACUUACUGAAAACAAGGAGACAGUUCCUCUAAAGGGCAUUGAAGUGGAAGUGGAGGUUAAAGACCAAGUGGCUGUAGUGGUCUCCACUCAGCACUACGAGAACAAGGAGGACAAAGCCAUCGAGGCCAUUUUUGUAUUCCCUCUACCUGGGGAUGCUGCCGUCUGCCAUUUCAGUGCCAAAAUUGGACAAACUGAGAUUGUAGCUGAAGUGAAAGAGAAACAGCAGGCUCGAGUGGAGUACGGCGAUGCGCUGAGUUCCGGUUGGCAGGCCUUCCUCCUGGAGGAGAGUGACCAGAGCCCAGACAUCUUCUCUCUGUAUGUCGGUAGUCUUCCUCCAAGAGAGAGCGCCUUCAUCAGACUGGAGUAUGUCACUGAGCUGGCUGUGGAGGCCGACAGAGGACUGAGAUUUUGUCUGCCUGUGGUGCUCAACCCUCGCUACCUACCUCAAGGAAGUGUAGGUGACGGUGUCCAGGUGACGUCUGUUCCCGCCUCUCUGGUGCCGUACAGUCUGUCCUUCUCUGCCAGGAUUUCCUCUCCUCGUAAGGUCCUGAAAGUGGACUCCAAGUGUUCCCUGGAGCCUCUGCAGUACCUCAACAAGAAAAAAACCCAGGCGGUUGUUAAACUGGCUGCAGGACACAAGUUUGACAGGGAUAUUGAGCUGUUUAUAUACUACAAAAAUUCCCACCAGCCAACUGCUGUGGUGGAAGCAGGAAAAGCAUUUGCCACACCUGGCACAAUGAUUGGGGAUCCAGUAAUGAUGCUGAGUCUAUACCCUGAGUUUCCCCAGGAAGUCAUGUCUUCAAUUGCCACAAGUGGAGAAUUUGUGUUCUUACUGGACCGAUCUGGAAGUAUGGAUGGUGCUCCGAUCAGCAGUGCUAGGGAUACUCUCUUGCUGCUUCUGAAAAGUUUGCCAGUUGGCUGCUAUUUUAACGUUUACAGUUUCGGUUCAUCCUUCGAACCCAUUUUCAAGAAAAGUAGAAAGUACAAUGAAACCACGAUGGAAAUGGCUCAAAAGAAAGUCGAGGAGAUGCAGGCUGACAUGGGAGGAACGGAGAUACUUAUGCCCCUCAAGCAUAUUUACAGCCAGCCCUGCAUUCCCAGUCAACCUCGACAGCUCUUUGUCUUCACUGACGGCGAAGUGGAAGACAUCAAAGAAGUUAUAAGCCUGGUGAAGAAGAAUUCCAGUUCCCACAGGUGCUUUUCUUUUGGGAUUGGGGAAGGAGCAAGCACCGCUCUCAUCACUGGUUUGGCAAAGGAGGGGUGUGGUCAUGCCCAAUUCAUCACAGGCGCUGACAGGAUGCAACAAAAGGUGAUGCAAUCGCUGCAGUUUGCUUUGCAACCAGCAGUGAAGGACAUCUCAGUUAAAUGGGAUUUGCCAAAAGGGGUGUCUGUCACACCUCUGUCCCCACCUCCAACUGCUCUUUUCAAGGGUCAACGGUCGCUCAUUUAUGCUCAGCUCACGGGACAGAGUUCGGAGGGAACAGAUGGUUGUGUAACUGUGACGUACACCCUAGCAGGCCACCCAUUCAAUGACAAGCUCAGCUUUCUGCUACAACCUACAGAGGACACUGGAUUAACAGUCCACAGGCUCGGUGCCCGAACUCUGAUUCGUGGUCUAGAGACAGAGAACGGUGAAGGAGUGAAGAAAAAGGUGGUGGAAGUCAGCGUCCAAUCAGGAGUGAGCAGCUCCUUCACCUCUUUCAUUGCUGUCAACAAAGCCAGCAGAGAAGCCAUUCAAAGACCAAUGCUGCCAAGACGUAUUCCACGUAUUCACGUACCCCACACAGUCUCUCUAGUCACAGUUGAUGUCCCCACCUCUGCCAAAGUAAAGCACCCAGACUCUUUGCUGCAGUUGGUCUCGCUCCAGAAAGCGUCAGGCUGCUGGGAACUCAAUCCGGCUCUGGCUGCUGCGCUCAACAAGACCAUCAAAGAGUUGCAACAGCCCAAGCCACCAAAAGUGAAUAGAAAUGUGUGGGCCACAGUUCUGGCACUGGUCUGGCUCCAAGCGUUUAGGGUCGAUGCGCAAAUUGAAUGGAAGCUUCUUGCUCAAAAGGCUGUGUCAUGGCUAACGGCUCAAAAUGCACCAAGUAUGACAGAGUGUAUCAUGGCUGGAAACACUCUUUUGGGCUGCAGUGUGCAAAAAGAUGCCCUGGGUCUUUAA